AUGCGCGUCGCCGUACAAGGCUGCAGCCACGGCAGCCUCUCGGCUAUCUAUGAUACCGUGGGCGAGUACACGCGCCGCAAGGGGGAGACAGUCGACCUUCUCUUGCUAUGUGGCGACUUCCAGGCCCUGCGGAACAAGCACGACUUUGCUAGCUUGGCCGUACCUCCCAAAUACCAUGCCCUUGGCACAUUCCACGAGUACUACUCUGGUGUGAGGGUUGCGCCCGUGCUCACCAUCGUAAUUGGGGGUAAUCACGAGGCGAGCAAUUACAUGUGGGAGUUGUAUCAUGGAGGCUGGCUCGCACCGAACAUCUACUACCUAGGAUGCGCUGGGAGCGUCAUGGUCAACGGACUCCGGAUCGUUGGUUCGAGCGGAAUCUACAAGGAGCACGAUUACCGCAAGGGCCACUUUGAGAAGGUGCCAUAUACGCCGUCGACGCUGCGAAGCGUGUACCAUACGAGGAAAUACGACGUGGAGAAGCUGUCACACCUUCCCUCGGGCGUUCCGACCGUCUUCAUGAGCCAUGACUGGCCCAUCGGUAUCGCGCAUCACGGGAACACGCGCGCGCUGUUGCAGCGGAAGAAGUUCUUCCGCGCCGAGGUGGAGAAUAACACACUCGGGUCGCCGCCACUGCUCGAGCUCAUGAAGAAGAUCCAGCCGGAUUACUGGUUCGCGGCACACUUGCACGUCAAGUUUGCUGCGAUGUACGAGCACAGCAAGGACUGGGAGGCAAAGGCGGCCAAUGAGGUCAAGGAAGUGCGGAAGGAGUUGGAGAAGGUCGAGGUUGCGGAUCUUGUCGAGGUGGAUCGCAGGGAGUCGGUGUACGAUGAUGUCGACGUGGGUGGGAGACACGCCAACCCCGAUGAGAUCGUAAUCUCGGACGACGACGGCGCCGCAUCACCAACAAAACAUGUGUCGAACCCUGAUGAGAUUGCCAUCUCUGAUGACGACGACGCACCACCAUCCAAAGCCGCGGCCAAGACUGUCGUUAACCCCGACGAGAUUGCCAUCUCUGAUGACGACAACGCACCACCAUCAAAAGCCGCGGCCAAGACUGUCGUCAACCCCGACGAGAUUGCCAUUUCGGACGACGAGGGAGGCACCGCCAACCCAGAUGGGAUUGCGGUUUCGCUCUCGGACGACGAGUUGGAAGACGAAUUGGACGCUGCCCUGGCAAUGAGCCCAACCCCAAGUGAACCGGAACCUUCAGCGCAGGGCUCUUCCACAAAAUCUACCGCUGCAGGGCCAUCAUCAUCAGCCAAGCGAACAGGACCUACAACGACCCGCUUCCUAGCACUAGACAAAUGUGGUCACGGCAAGGAGUUCAUCCAAUUCCUCGACAUCCCCGCACCGCACGAGCAUUCGCCGCCGCGCUUGAUGUACGACCCGCACUGGCUGGCCAUUACGCGCGCUCUCCACCCCUACCUGAGCCUGGAAGUGUAUGGGGCUUCCCUACCGCCAAGAGUGGAGCAGGAGGCCCUUGUGGCGGACGAGCUCGUGCGGAUUAACGGGGAGGGCGUGCUUGUGCCCGAAGAGCUGGUCGAGGACGACUUCAUGGCGGACAUGAACGCCGAAUUUGACGCGCUAGAGCGGCGUGAGAGUGCGGCUGAGCGCGCUGCAGCUGGACUGCCGGAGGAGGAGGAGGAGCCCAACGGGGAUCCGAAGAGCGAGUCGGACCCAUUGCCGCACUGCGCACCGCUCGACUGGGAGAGUGCGGACAAAAUCGAGGUCGGCCGCGUGCAGCAGUUCUGGCCAACAGCUCCGCCGUACCCAGGCGGCGACCCUGGACAGUGGUACACCAACCCCCAGACGGAGGCGUUCUGUGGUAUGUUGGGGAUACAGAACAAGGUCAAUCCACGGCCUGUGUUACGAUAG